CACGUGCAGCAAUGGAAACUACAUUUGGCUUCCCAGGUCAGCAUAUAGCGCAGCUAUUGAAGCCGCAGGAACUACAGCCUCUUCAAGGAGACGCUGACUACCCCUCUCAAGGCUCUCGGGCAGACGUGCUGGCGGCGGCCGCCCUCCUGUCGGAAACACAAUGACUGAUUAUGCGCCCACCAUCAUAUUAGUAAUAUCACCGAGGCUCGCAUGGGAUUCAUCUGCCUCUUCGCCUGGCAAGAGGCCCAAGCAGAGGACAGGAUGGAAGAGUUGCUUCGCACGUGAUUGCCUUCUGGCCUCGCUGGUUCAUCCGGGAAUAAUAUUUUGCACGACAUCAAACCCCACCUCUACCCGACCAUUCAGCGCUAGGCCAAUGAGGUUCAGAGAAAGCCGACGGGAUCGUCCUCUUAACUCAUCAGAGCAAGCUUGAGCGAGCAAGACCGCGAGUCAAGCAUGGAGAUAGUUCGCUAUGCUUGUGGCUAUAACCGUAGCCCAUAUUCCCGUCAACGGAGUCCUC